AUGUCAUAUUACGAUAACCGCGAUUACCUCGACCCCCAUAGCCGUGACCGUGGAUAUGCUGCGGAUUAUUACGAUGGACCCCCAGUAAAUCAAGACUACCCUGCGCAGCGCGACUAUGGUUCGCGACAAUCACGCCGUCCAAGACACGAAUUUCGACGUCGGGCAUCGUCAAUUGGGGGAGAUCCUUCCUACCACCUCGAUAGUCGUACCCAGCGGGAUCAAUCUCGACCACAUGAGGAUUUUUGUGAACUGGUAGACUCUAAACGGUCUAAGAACGACUCUUCAUCCGAAUCCGGUCGCUCGACCCGUCAUAAGAAUCGUCGCAAAUCCACGGGCGGGGCCCCCAGAGAUGACCAUCAUGACCGGUAUCGCAGCGGUGAUGGAGGCCGCGAUAAAAGUAACCAUGAUCGUGGCUGGGCUGACAGACUACGCGACAAGGGCGGGGAGCUCAUCGUGCAGGCUGCUCUUCCCCUCAUAGCCGCUGGUGCUGCAGAGGCCUUGCGAUCCCGCAAAGAACCUGGAGAAUGGAAGGGAGACAAAGGGAAGCACGUGAUGAAGGCAGCUGUUACCAAUGGAAUUAUCAACAAGGACCCAAACAAGCCGAACACACACCAUAUCGUUGAUACGACAGUUUCGGGUCUGAAAGAAGGCCAUCCUACACGUGAAGAAAUGUCUGAGAUUCACCGUCGAGCUGACGGGAGCCGUACAUUAAGCAAUCUUAAAAAAAUUGCUGCAGCAAGUGCGCUGGUCUUUGCGGGCAAGGAGAUGUAUGAUCGAUACGAUCGCUCGAGAUCUCAGAAACGAAGUCAAGGCUACGAAGAUGACAGUCAUGGCUUGAAGAAACGCAGUCAGAGUGUUUCAGACGACUUCAAUCGUGGAAUGGGCUCUCUUAACGUCGGGGACAGCGACUACCGGAAACCUCAAAGUAGAUAUGGAGAUGAUCGGUUGGAUCACUGGGAAAGUUACUCUGGUCGUGAUCGCAACUACAGGGCUUGGGAUUAUUCCUCUGACGAGUAUCCUGACUCGGAUCUGGAUGUGAACUAUCACGAUGUUGAUGACGGGCGAGAACAAGAUACUCGAAACCUAGACCGAGCACGUUCCUUGAAUGCCAGCAAGGCAACCAGCAGCGCCCAGCACAGUACCGGGUACAUUGAGAAUAUCUCAGGUGGUGACUGCUCAUGCUCCGAAUGUGAUUCCGACUUGGGGGACAGCGCAGAUGAAAAGGAAAAAGCAAAGAAGAUGAAGCGUGAUAUGCUCUUAACCUCUGGGCUAGCUACAGUUGCAACCAUCCAUGCCGCUCAUAAGGUCUAUGGUUCGGUGAAUAAGCGCAAACAACGUAUGAAUCAGUUACAAGAUGGGGAGAUAACCCCCGAUGAGGCCCGAAAGGAACGCAUUAAGGCAAAUACAAUCGAUGCGGCAAGCAUCGGCCUCGCUGCACUGGGUAUCAAAGGUGCGUACGGAGAGUGGAAAGAAGUGAACGAGAAGCGCCAGGAGAGCCAGAAUUUCAAAGACGAAUGUAACCGUCGUGCUAGGCAACGGGAGCUCAGGCGCAACCGCAGACACUCUUAG